UUUUAUCUUCCUCUCUUUGUUUCUCUCUCCGUGUUUUUUCUUUUGUUUGUGUUCUGGGUUUUUCCUUAACUGUUUGCUUGAAGCUUUGGGCUGAUCCAUUUUGCUUUAGCUAGAUGCACAGAAUCUCUGUGCUUUCAUUGCCUUCUGAGCACAUCUUGAUUUCAGGAGCAAAAAGAGGAUUUUUAGGGAGAUAAAUUUCCGAAAGAAAAACAAUACGAUCAAAUUAAGUGGAUUUGCUUCCUAGCCAAGCUACCUAUAUUAUCUCUAUCUCUUUAAUUAGGGCUGUAUUCCUUCUUUUACUCCAGCCCACCGGUUCACAAAUCCCACUUCACAAAAAAGAAACACAGAUAGCUCAAUCUUGUGUGUUUUCUCUGAGCUGGGUUUUCUUGUUUUUUCCUCAAAUGGAUAUGGAGCACCAAGAGAUCACUAACCCUGAGAUCACUGAGAGCAACAACAAUGGAGGAGGACUACUGAUCAAGCUCAAGAUGGCAAAGGCUGAACCUUUUUCGGAACAAGGUAAUCGGAAACCUGAAAACCUUGCUCCUCAAUUCACUAAAAUCUGUCAUAUUUGCCACAAAGGUUUCGAGUCCGGGAAAGCUCUGGGAGGUCACAUGAGAAUGCAUGUCCAAGAGAGCAAGGGACUGAUCAAGAGCUCUUCGAAAUCUCCGAAGCCGGCGGUGGUGAAAAAUAGUGCCACUGAAUUCAGUACUAGUACUACUGAUUCCAGUGGUGAACCUGUCUGCAUAGAGUGUGGUAAGAUUUUCCCGUCAAAGAAAUCUCUCUAUGGACACAUGAGGUCACACCCGGAUAGGCCUUAUAGGGGAAUUGAGCCUCCUCAAUCAACCAAGAACAGCUCCACUUCAACUUUAUCUGAUGCUUUGCCUCAAAAUAAUCACAAGGCAGCUGAGGAUCAGCAGAUUGAUUCUGCUGGGACAGCUCGAAUCUGGUUCGGGCCUAAUCCGAAAGUGGUUCCUGAUCUGGUUAAGAUUGUGCCUAGCUGGUCUCAAACUGCGAAAAGAGGUACGAAAGGUACUAGUCUUUCUGAAACCAACUCUGAGACUGAUGAUGAUUGUGAUGAUGAGUUGGAUUUGAGUGAAGCUGUCCAUGAUCUGAUGAUGUUAGCUCAAGCCAAUCCAAAAGGAGCUGAGGAGGCUACCAACAGCAAUUUCAUGACCAAAAACGAGGAUCGUGAUGGAAAGGACAGAACGGUAAUUGACUAUGUGGGUGUAGCCAAGAAGAGGAAGCAGAAGCUUGAAAUUGAGGAGGAUGGGGAUUUUGUAAGUGGGUUUGAUCUAGGGAAGUCUAGGAAUCACUUGGAGCUGGGAGUGGAUUUGAAAGAGGACAGUGAAGAGGAGUUAUCGGAUAGUGAAAACUCCGAGAGCAUUGUGCUUGCAAACAUGAUGAGGAGGAAGAAGAGAAGGAAGAUGAAAUUGGAAGACUUGGAAGGAGCGGUUGUUGCUCAAGAUCAUCAACAUCAAAGCCAUCAUCACAAAGUUUAUCCUUGCAGUCUUUGCAACAAGUCAUUCCAAAGCCACCAAGCAUUGGGAGGACACAUGUCAAGCCACAACAAGUUCAAGAACAACAUCCAGUACCCUGUGGAACAUGAUCAUCAUCAAUCUGGUUCUGACGAUACUAACAAUGGAAAUGCUAAUCUCACCAACGCAGCCACCCAAGUUGACCAUGAUCAGGCUGAAAGUCACCAAUGCAGAUUCUGUAACAGGACUUUUCCAACAGGUCAAGCAUUGGGAGGUCAUAUGAGGUCUCACUGGACCGGUCCAAAUGAUCCAGCUCAAUCGAGCCAGACCGGGCGCAAAGGCCUCGACAUUGACCUCAAUGAGCUUCCACCUAUGGAGUAUGAACAAGGUAUAGACUACUCCGGAGCUGGUUAUGGCACUUCUUCUUAUAAUUCAGUUACUUAA